AUGGAAGAAAAAACAAGCAUUUACGAGCAUUUUCCUGGAAUGAAUGCAUUCGGACGGUGGCCGGAGCAUGUGCUGCCAUCUCUUGCGAGCGUGGCGAACCAACGCAGAUGCCCCAAUUCCAAAAUGGCUUCCGUGGGGCUCAAUCCCCCGCCUCCGGAGCUUUGCGAGAACGAUCCCAAUUUUGCCGUCAUCUGCAGCUUCUUAGACCAGUUUGGCGAGGCCUGUGGGAUCGACUACCCCGCGAUCGAUGAGCUCAGUUUGAUGCUUCAGGAUACCAAUGAUGUAUCCCCCUUGCUGCUGGACCUACACAUACGUCUGCUGCGGAAGGCGAAGAAGCAGGUGAAGGUGGAGCAAUGGGAGAAGGGUCUCAUCAAGUUCUGCCACAGCUACUGC